AUGCAAAGCGAUGGUAAUUUAUUCAUCUACAGUGCUAUGGGAAAGUACGGAGACGAGAAAGGAGAAGAUGGCCCUGAAAAAAUACGGCUAGAGGUUUUCGCGUCCCGUAGGGUCGGUGGCCCCGUCGUCAGCAUUCUGGAGUUAAAUUACAUAAUGUAUGGGUCUAGUUUGGAGCAUGCAACAAGUAGAUAUGUGUCGGCGCUCGGCGGUCUAACUGUCAAUGUGGAGUACACUUUUGAUUAUUUUUCAGCACGAUCACUGACACUAGCACCAACAAUGGACCAGCAAUUUUGUUUGCGCUGGAACAAUCAUCCAACCAACCUGACAGAUGUGCUUGCAAGCCUAUUACAAAGAGAGGCACUAUGUGAUGUUACACUAGCAUGCGAUGGGGAAACAGUCAAGGCACACCAGACAAUACUAUCAGCUUGUUCCCCGUAUUUUGAAAGUAUAUUCUUACAAAAUUCACACCCGCAUCCCAUUAUAUUCCUUAAAGAUGUGAGGUUCUCAGAGAUGAAAUCUCUGUUAGAUUUUAUGUAUAAGGGAGAGGUGAAUGUUGGCCAAAAUAUGCUACCGAUGUUCCUAAAGACUGCUGAAAGUUUACAAGUUAGAGGUUUGACAGAGAAUAAUACAUUGAAUACUAAGUCAGAGGAGCGGUCGACUCCGAGUGUGAGUGCUGAGAAUUUAUCCCGCGGUGAGUUCGCCACACCGCCUGCUGCUCAUGCGCUUGCUGCUCUAACGCCGCUGCCGCAGUCACAGUCACUGCAGCAGUCGUUGCCGCAAUCACUGCCGCAGCCGCUGCCGUUGCCGUUGCCGCCGCACGCGCCGCUAGAGAAACGUCGCAGGAAGAACUCCACCGCUCCAAGGGACGAUAUCGAUCUGUCCUACCGUCAUUAUGAGGGGCACGUGAAGGCUAGCAAGGGUUCAACCGGUUCUGGUUCCGAGCCAUCAACUCCUCCGCCAGCCCACGGGCGCGCAGCUCGCUCACCAUUGCUCGUUAAACAAGAACCAGACUACACGCAGCAUCACUACGAACAGACUCACCUCACGGGAAUGGGUGUGAAUGAUAUGGCAUCAAUGAUAACCCAGCAUUCAAUGAACAACGAUUGCAACGAGAGCGAACCCGCCAUGCCGCCUCAUCCCGACCAGACGGACACCAUUGACGGUGAUAAAUAUGCGGACGAAAAUGAUAUACCUCAAGAGCAUUUCGGCCACAAUAUAACAAAUAUUGAGAAUAUAGUAAAAUCUUUUAGGAUAGCAUUAAAUCAUAGAUCACACAGUCCAAUGACAUGUCAGAUAUGUGGUAAAACUGUAAGCAAUAUCAAGAAGCAUAUGAAAUCACACAAUCCAGAACAACACAAAUGCCCUCUAUGUCCGAUUAUAUUAACUAGGGCUGACAAUCUAAAACGACAUCUAAGAAUGAAACAUUGUUCAGUACUAGGUCUUAAUAAUAUAUCCAAUAUUCAAACCAAAUGUUAG